AUGGAUGACGCAGAGCUUGAGAAAGGAAAAUCCAUUAGGCCUGAACUUUUAGCUGCAAUUGAGGACUCUAGAUCUGCGAUUGUCAUUCUCUCAAAGAACUAUGCUUCUUCGUCAUGGUGCUUGGAUGAACUCGUCAAGAUUAUUCAAUGCAUGAAAGAAUUGGGCCAACAAGUCCUCCCCGUCUUCUUAAACGGCGUGAAUCCUUCUGAGGUGCAGCACCAAAGGGGAAGCUCUGAAACAAGAAUAAUUGAGGACAUUGUUAAUCAUAUACUAAAGAAGUCCGUGUAUACAUCUUCAAGUGUUGACAAAGGCUUCAUAGGAAUGAAUUCCCGCAUUGAUGAUUUAUUAAGCAAUUACAUAUGUCCGCAGCUUUGUGGGGAUUUUGACCAAAGCUGCUUUCUUUCCAAUGUUAGAGAAAUGUCUAAAAACAAUGGCCUGGUUUCUCUACAAGAAAACCUUCUUUCCAGAAUCCUGCUGGCAAAUAUUGAAAAUAUAGAGGAUGAAUACACAAGAGCUGCUAUGAUACAAAGGCGGUUGUGUAGAAAAAAGGUGCUUGUUGUUAUUGAUGAUGUGGAUCAGUUGACACAAUUAGAGAAAUUGGCUGGAAGUCACAGCUGGUUCGGUCUAGGGAGUAGAAUUAUCAUAACCACCACAGAUGUUCAGUUGUUAAAGGCACAUGAUGUUGAUGCUACAUACAAGGCUAACGGGUUAAACUGUGAUGAAGCACUUCAACUUUUGAGUUUGAAGGCUUUCAAGAAAUGUCCCCCUCCAGAAGAUUAUUUGCAUCUGUGCUACGAUAUUUUAGAGUAUGCUCAGGGGCUUCCGUUGGCUCUCGUGGUUUUAGGUUCUUUUCUGUCUGGUAGAGGGGCUGAUAAAUGGGCAAGUGCAAUAGAUAGGCUGAGGAGCACACCAGAUAAACGCAUUAUUGACAUGCUUCGGAUUAGUUUUGAUGACCUGCAUAAAAAAGAGAAAGAAAUAUUCCUACAUAUUGCUUGCUUUUACAAGGGGAAGGAUAAGGAUCGUGUGACACAAAUACUAGACUAUUGCCAGCUACAACCUGUCAUUGGUUUAGAUGUUCUUGCUGAUAGAUCUCUCAUAACUAUCUCCAACAAUGAUUUGUCGAUGCAUGAUUUGCUACAAGAAAUGGGCUGGGAAAUUGUUCGUGAAGAGUCUCCUGAUGAGCCAGGCAAACGUAGUAGAUUAUGGUCUCAUAAAGACAUCAACAAGGUGCUGGAGAGAAAUAAGAAUUUUGACAAGCUGAAGUUCAUCAAACUCUGCCAUUCUCAAAACAUUGUGGAGACCCCAGACCUUGCAGGUGUUCAGAAUCUUGAGACUUUAGAUCUUGAAGGAUGUUCUCAUUUGGUAAAUGUGGGGGAGAUGGACUGUUUUGAGGAAACUGAUGUGAAUAGUGGGUCUGCAAUAGAAAUAUCAUCUACGCAUGAUCACAGAAAAUACGUUAAAGGUAUUCCAUUUGAUAUAGAUAGCGAGGAUCGAGGCAGUACAGGUGUACAAAGGUUACUUGAACUUUCCUCGAGUAGUGCAAAUUCAUGUGGACUUGAUCAGCUUACUUUCCUCUUUACGCUUUCACUAAUGAAACUUGAAUUCAUCAAGAAGGGGGGAAAUAGUUUGAUGUUGGUUUUAACUACAGUUGGCUUAAAGGUGGAAUUAACUGCUAGAAGUUUAUAG